AGAAAAAACGGGUUUGGGCGCAGUUAAAGCUGGUUAGCAACACAAUUAGCUUCGGUUUAUUGUGUACAUUUGUUUUGGUUUGUUGACGGAUCAGAAGGAUGAUGUUAGGAUUUACAGCAUGAUGUAACUGCGUGUUGUUUCCUUAGGUUUUUGUUUGACUUUUUAAUUUGAAAUGUCGGUCUUAUUUGUCGUUUUUGUCGCCUGCUAAUCACCUGCUCCAUAAACACAGAUCGGCGUAGAUGCGGAUCGAGCGCAUGGAAUCAGCGGCACGUCCUGGUUGGACAAUGAACGAGAUGAAGGCGGAGCCUUUGGACUUUGUGAGGGACUUUCAGGAGUAUCUCGAUCAGCAGACGCAUCACGUCAACACGUUGUCGUCUUCUGUGAAUGGGGAGAAAAGUGACCAGGAUCUGCAGACAGGUGCGUGUGAGGCGGAACAGAGUGCGAUGGAUCAUCUGGCAUCUAUCGAGGUGCGUCUGGACGCGGACGGAUUCGAGAGGACGGGCGACGGAAAGUUCCGGUGUCGUUACUGCACUUACGCCAGCAAGGGACAGGCCAGACUUAUCGAGCACAUGCGCACACACACAGGAGAGAAGCCUCACCGCUGUCAGCUCUGUCCGUUCUCCUCGGCAUACGAGCGACAGUUGGAGACACACAUGCGCUCUCACACGGGCGAGAAGCCGUAUAAGUGCGAGCUCUGUUCGUUCCGCUGUAACGACCGGAGCAACCUGUCACACCAUCGCCGCCGCCGACACAAACUCCGCCGCCUGACGAAUGCGACCUCGACACAGACCAAACCGGACACGUUGUUCAUAGGCGAGGACAAACCCCUCCUUCUUCCUCAACCGGCAGCCAAUCAGGAGCAAGACUGCACUGACGGGUUGCGUCCCGCUUCGCCUCCCCAGGCGAGGGAGAGCUAUCAAAGGGAGGUCAAAGGUCAUGCUCUGACUCCACCCUCUCAGGACCCUAACGGAGACACGCUGCUGAGUCCUGAAUCUUCCCCACUGGCACAGAUCAACGCUCAGACGCUGUACUUCUGCCCUCAUUGCCAGACGUAUUUUGGCGAUAACGUGCUCUACACGGUGCAUAUGGGUUGCCAUGGUUACGAUCAGCCGUUUCAGUGUAACGUCUGUGGUGUGCACUGCAGUGACAAGUACGAGUUCGCCUGUCACUUCGCCCAGGGACAGCACCGCAAGUGACACUGACACACACACACACACAUACACCUUUUAUUGAUCUCCUAAAUCUGUAUUUAUGCUGUUACCUAGAGAGGAAGUCACAGGUCACAGUAACACCCACUUUCUCAUCUGUGCUCUUUAGCCACACCUCCUCUCACAGCUGGUCUAAUUUACAUAUACGUUAUUACAUAGACAUAUUUCGUAGUCUUAAAGCCACACCCACCUACACUCUGACUUCCAUAAAUAGUACACAAUUUAAAGGACACACCCACAUUUGCUCCCUAUUCAACAUCAAAUAUAAAGGACACACCCACUUUUCCUCUUCUAUAGCAUUCAGGCAGCCAUGUUCUUAAAGCCACCCCCCCCCCCCCCCAGACUUUCUAAUGACUAUUUGCUUCAUGUGGUUCUCGGGCCACGCCUACUCUGAACUGCUGUCAUUACCUUAUCCAGUGUGUCAUUCAAAGACCACACCCACUUUCUGUUCUGCGUUUUAAAUCCACACCCACUUAAACAUUUCAAUAUUUAGAGGGUACGUAAUAGCAGCACAUUCUUUUCUAACAUAAAGCCACGCCCACUCCGAGCCGCUCUUAUCGCCCUAAGACACGUCCACAUUCAUGUCUGGUCAGAAAGCCACGCCCACUUAUGGCUGCUGUCAUAGAUGAGUACUAUGGACACGCCCACUUUCUGUUCUGUGACUUUUAGACUACAGACACAGAGUUUUGUGUGGAAGCUCCGCCCACUUACAGUUGCUCUCUUUCCAUUCAGUAUUAAAUUCUGUACUAUUUAUGGCCUUCAAAGCCACGCCCACAAACCGUAUUAUUCAUAUUAUAAAGAACAGAAAUGUAACAGCAACAUGUUUAACUUUCUAAAUGAAAAGUAUUUAAUAUUUAUACUCACAUUUCUCUUAGGACAUCGACAUAAGUUCCAUUUCUAUGUUAAUAAAUUUUUGUUUUAGUGUCAGGUUUAAAUCUGAACCUCUUUAUUAUAUUUAACAUUCUUUAUUUAUAAAUCAUCUCCUGUGAUGUUCUACAUAACGACUUGUGAUUGAUUUGACGUUUUAUAAAAUCCUUUUAUAGAUUUUUACACAUGUAGAAGGUUUAAAUGUUUAUUUUUACAUUUCAGAAAUCUCUUAAAACUCAGUAGAGUUACGUGAUCAUGUUAUAAAUUACUGUGUGUGUUUGUGUGUGCGCGCACGUGUGUAUGUUUGUGUGCGCGCGUGUGCUUGUGUGUGCGCGCACGUGUGUGUGUGUGUGUGUGUGUGUGAGCGAGAGAGAGAGAGAAUCGUGUAGGAUUGUGGGAGUUUUGUAGCUGAUGGACUUUCUGACUAGUUUUACAGAAUUUAUUGUGUAUUAAAAUGUUGACGGUAUGAAUUUUACAGACUGAUUAAAAACAUCAUGUGGCUCGA